AUGGGGGACCACCACCAAGAGGCGUCGAGCGCCGAGCUCACGCGCAGCUUCCUGAGCUUCCGCAUGCUCAAGGAGGCGCUGGAGUCCACGAACAUCAAGGACGACGAGGAGGCCGUCAUGGUCACGCGCAUGUGCGUGGACCCGCGCCACGUCGAGGAGUUCGAGCGCCUGCUGCGCAUGAUUCUUAAGACCACACACACCGUGGGCCACGUGUCCACGUGCGUGGUGCGGCCUCCGCCCGGAGAGUUCACCUACACGUCGAUUGUAAAAUACUCGGGGCUGCAGGCAAUGCGGCAGAUUUACCCGUCCACAGUGGAGAAUGGCGUGGACUUUUACAAACUAUUGGCAGCCCGUGAUUCGCUGCUGCUGGAGCCGCCGACGUACCAGAUUGAAGCAGGUUUCGGCACGUGGAUCGAGUCGGACGGCAACACGAAGCCCAUGAGAGGCGACGACCCCGAAGAAGACGCUAAUCUGGUGUAUCAGAGCGUCCCUGGACCUUGUUGCAAUGAUUCGUGCGAGAACCCGCACGGCCUGAACGUCCGUGCGUCGUUCGUGGCCCCCACCAAGAAUUUCCAGCUCUUCCGACCACGCUACCAGCGUAACAACAAGAAAGGAGGCCAGAAGAACUUGCGGUGCUUCCCGUGCUGUCGCAACGGGCGCCACGUGAGCUCCGGCUUCUGCGGAGACUCGAUCCGUGUGCACGUGGCUGUGAGUCGAGUGACAGAGUCGGGAGGUGUGAAGAUUUGCCCCAUUCAGACAACGCGUCCGGCUGUGCUGGCCUUCGCGCGGUUCCUGAACUUGGAGGGCACAUUCGACCAGACAGUGUCAGGGCCGGAGGUGUUUCCUGGGCAGACGAUCGAGAAGACGGACGUGCUGGCCUGGGUGCGUGAUAAGGAGCACCCGAUGAACCCGCUGUUCCCGGGAAUUCUACGCGGUGCAGCCAUGGAGACCUCGUCGCAGUCGGCGAUUUUUGAAUUCAAUGCGGAGUGCAAGGCGUGGCAUUACGGAUGGACGGCCCCGCGUGGGCAGGGACUCUCCGGUAGCGAUGCUCAGCACGUGCUGGAAGUGCUGUUCAUGAAGCCCAUGGGGUCGUACAUGUACUGCCUCGAGCGUCUACGCUCGGACGGAUUUUCUAUCUACUCCAGCCGAAGAGCCAGCCAUGCCGUGACUAUUAAACCCGAGGUGGAAGCUUUCGAGAACCAGGAGACCGUGGACGACAGAAAUCUCAAGCGAAAGCGCACAGUGCGUGCAGAGGUAGCCUCGCCUUCAGUAGGUGCAUUAAUGCCGCCGACACCAGCCUCGCCGGCGUCGACGGUUGUGUCAAGCUGUGCUGCCGAUUCGCCGAUUGUAUCCCCCUCCAAGCAAGACAUGACAUAUGCCCGCCGCCCGAGCGCUGCACGUGUGCCGGCGCCUCCAACGUCCACUGGUUUUGUGGAUCUUUCAUCACCGAUGACAGACGUGCCUCCGUUCAAGAUGGAGAACAUUUUUGGCUCGGUAUCUUCUCCAAUGGCGGUUUGUCCUCCGACAUCCUCUGUUCUUGUGGACAGUGCGUCAUCGGGUUUCGACUACCGUGGACUGGAUAAUCUGAUGUGCGGUGGAGGUAUGAUGCAGAACCAGCAGCAACAGCAACAGCAGCAGACCCGUCAACAGCAGCAGAUGCUGAUCAACCAGCAGAACCAACAGCUCCAGCAACACCAGCGCGAGCAGCAGGAACUGUUGCAGCACCAGCAACGCCUUAUUCAGCAGCUCGCAGAGCAGAUGAUGAUCAGCCAGCAACAGCAGCAGCAACAGCAGCAGCAGCAACUCCACGUCGACCACCUGCAGGUUCCCGGGGGUCUCCAGAGCCACUCGCUGUUCCAGGAAGAACAACCCGCACGCCGGGUGGUUUCAACGGAAGAGCUGCCGUGGUCCGAGCUGUACAACCUGUUUGACCCCGCUCCGCUGUCCCCAGCUAGCACCGACGACGACCCUGACCACGAUGAGGAGAGCUUGCCCAGUCCUGGAAACAGCCCAGCGCCGUCUUCAGUUGCGAGCUCGGGAAUGGCUUCUCCCUCUGUGGCGCCAGGACAACAGGCCAUUUUGAAUUUCUUAUAACAUAGUUCAGGGGUCUCAUCGAGCCUGCCGCUGCGGUGAUCAGAUCAAGACCGAGAGUCUCCAAGACGACAAGGGCGAAGCAGCAUACGCAGCUGAGCUGCAAGCUGCAGUAUAUCCGAUGCGCUUAUAUUUGGGGGUAUUUUUCUUUUAGCUGUUUUAGUGGAGCGUUGUGCAACAUGAGAUGUGACGAGUGCCACGAGGAAUAUGCACACAGCGCAUACGUGUGGGAACCUGCUUAGUACAGUAGGUAAGAGCAGCAAGAAGUAUCAGCAUCAGCAUAAAUGCAAUUUACGGCUCUCAAAUUUUCGAUGAAG